UUGAAAGCUGAUCAAAGUGCUUUUAUUGUGCUGCAUUCAUGGUUUCAGAGAUGACUGACAAAUCCACCUUUAAACAUUCGAGCCACCAGCACCGAUGGAUUUCUCUAUAUCAAACAUCAUUGAGUAGAAAUAUAAAAAGUCUCAAUCACGAAAAAACAUUUGUCUGAAUGUUUCCCUCUUGUGGAGACUCAGGUGAGUGUCCUCGCUUUAGAGCAAGUCUAUGAUGCAGCGGCAGUUUAUGUGGAGCUUUUUGAUGAUGGGUAAUCUGCACAUGAAUCCCACGGCUCUGCGUCAAGGCCCUUAUUGAUAUCAUUGGGACCUAAUCUGCCUGCCAUCUUCCUCAGCAGUGUUUUCAAGCUGAAGGCAGAUUUCAGGUGCUCAUUGCAUUUGUUUUUGCAGCAGCAGCUGUGGCUGACGUUGAAUUCAACGCCUCGAUAAGAGAUUAUUUCGUGGGAGCCGCAGAGGUGGGAGUCCAGGCAGCCCUGGGACGACAGCAUGUGGACGGAUCCGUAGUGGCCUCUGGAGUUGGAACAGCGCUGGUGAGGCAGACACUGGCUUGUAAUGUUGGGGCAGGGCUUGCCUUUCUGCUGCAAUGGACAGUGGUAACACGAGAGGCCGUCCAGGCUCAGAGCGGGGAGGAGGAGAGCUGACGCCAACAGGAUGGAAGUCAGGAACCGGUGUGACCCCAAAGGAUGGACAUCAGGACUAAAGUAAAUUCACACACACAGAUAAAAACAAAGAUACACACUGAUAAAAAUACUUUCAUAUCAUAAAUCAAGUGAGUUUGUUAGGUGUGCUGGUCACCUGCUCUGUCUUUGGUCCAUUUGUGUCUCUGUAAAAGUCAUCUUCUCAUGUGAGGAAGUGUCAGAGUGUGAGGAACCUCCAAAGAUCAGCAAACCUGCUGAUUAUCAAGCAGGACCAGGUGUGUCUUUGGAGCUUUUUGAGCUUCUUCUAUACAUUUUAAUCAGACAUCCAUACAUGGAAAAAGAGCAUUCAAACUUGAUUUUAGCUUUUAGUUUAUUUCCCAAAAAGAGAACAUCGCCUGACAUGUUAAACUUUUAGUAGCUACAGACCCUAAAAGAAGAAAAGAGGAGAAAAAGAAAUAAGAAAGGAUGAGAGUGCCAUCUGCUGGGCGGUGUGGAAAACAAUUUGAGGACAUGAAAUGAUCUGAUGUGAUGCUGGGAGUCAUUUUUUAUAUGUCUCUUUUAUAAUUUUGAGGAAGCAGACAGUCUAUUUGUUUCGUCUUCUUUUAUAACAAGGAGGAAGAUCUUUCCUCCUCUUCCUCUUCUUGUUCACAUUCCUCUGUCCGUCUUGAGUUACCGCUCAUGUUCCAUAAUCAGCUGACAAGAAGAGCUUCCCCUCCUUGUACAGAGGUUCCUAUGAAAGAAAAUAGUUCUGUGUAAGUCUGAGUUUCAUAAACACCCGCUGAUGUUGUGAAAUGUUUGUUUAUUGUAUAUUUUAAAGUCUUCUUACAGUCAGCCCCUCCUCAUCCUCUUUAUAUUCAUCCCCCCAGUCGUCUUGUUCCUCUGCAGGGUCGUAGCUGUACAGGGGGAUCAGCCUGUGACGCAGAUCGUCUAAUCUGCAGCAAAACAAACAAGAUCCUGGCUGUGAGAAAAAACUAAAACAUAAAAUGAUCUGAUGCUUCAAAUUCAGAUUCAACUGACCUCUGUCUCCUCCUGAUAUAAACAACCUGAAGAGGAGAAUAAUGAAAACACGUUAGAAGACAGAGCCAUAAUGAAACAGAGUACCACUGAAGUGAGGAGUGCUCUUACCACGGCCACUAUACAUCCUGUCAGCGUGAGCACCAUGAAAAGGAUGAGGACAGAGUACCCGGGAAAUCCAGGUUUGCCAAUUGUGGGUGAAAUAUGAGCAGUGGUGUGGUUGAAUUGCAUUUCCUCCUGCUCUGUCUUGUCCGUCAUACACCCUCUCUCUUCACGGAGCACCUCAGCUGACACCUCUGUGACACAUUCAGUGGAGUGCUGCUGCUAACAUUCCCCCCCUGAAAGGCCACCACAGACUGUCCCGUCUCAGCACAGAUAGACUCAAACUACUGCUCUGGAGGGUUAAAGAGAGCACAAAUGUCUCAGAUGAAGACAGAGGAUGAAGUAUUAAUGUCUAAAAAGCUCAAGAUGAGAUAAAUUAUUGAGGGAAUUCUUACCUUUUGGUGUCACAUUUGGAGUACCGAGCCAUGUUUCCUUCUCGCUGCUUUCAUUUCUCCUCUCAUUAGAGAGACAUACCUCAACCUGCUCAAUGACAUUCCUGGGUGAGGAGUGGGUAUGAAGCAGCAUCUUUGUGUGGUUGAACCGGAUAGAUGCAAAGAAAGUCGUCUAUUUUUAAUCACGGAUCUAUGAAACUCUUGAGAGAUAGUUGGCAUCACUUUAAUCAGCAAAGGUGGAAAAAAAACUGUCAGUGUGUCUGGAUUGUUUUGAGAAUCUGAAGCAGGAACCGGUCUGCGCUCUCUGAACUAACACACACACUUACACACAUGUGGUGUUGUGUCUUUUCCAGCAGAGGGAGGGUUGUGUGAAGAGGGGAGUGUCAGCAACAGGAAACAGAUGGGAGGCUCACUCAAUGUUUUACAGGUCUAACUCGCUGAGCAUGGCUUCAGUCAAGUAUUCACCUUGUCGACAAGAGGGUGGCUCUCAGGGUGAGUUAUCAUGAAAAUGGUUCACAAUACUUUACAGUGAGAUGAAGUUUAGUGUUUAAAAGUAAUCUGAAACUGUGUAUGAUCUGUUUAUUCAUGAGACGUGUCUGUUUCUGUUGCUUUCAGUUUCUACUCCUCAGAAUUUUAAUCUUGAUCAACUCUGUUUAUUUCUACUUUGAGGUUUAAUGUGAUAACUGAAUAUUUCUAGCUGUUUUCUGUUUCUCACACAAAGGUUCGCCUGAAACAGUGUGGCGCGCAUUGUCUCGAUUUGAAAGCUGGUUAAUUAUUAGACCAAGAUAAACCUCCAGGUUCUCUGGAGUCCUGUCAUAAAGCAGCUCACUUUUCCUGCCUGGAAGGAGCCUCAUAAACCAAAGUGAUUGCUUUCUAAUUCUGCUUUUUCUUAUUAUUCUCUGGUAAACUUAGUCUGAUGUACUUUGCCUGUGUUUUAACUGUGCAGAAAAACAAAGAAAGAUGUACUGAUAAAGACAAAGUACACACGAGUUAGAAAAAGGCCCCGAGGUCUUUUUAAACAACCGGCCUAACACUGAAAAUAAGAACAGCAGUUUAUUUGUCAGGCACAGUUAGAGAGACACUCAAUUUUAACACUUUCAGGACUGACAAAAACACAUUUUCUUCAUUCAACAGAAUCAGAAAUGAGGAGUAACUAUGAGGUGGAGCAGAACAGCUGAUCCAAAUGACCGGACUGGACCUCUGUGGUUCUGAGGACAUGCUGAGAGUUUGAAACAGACGCAUCCAGGAAGACGAGCACAACUUCCUUAAAAUGUGAUGGAUCCUUCUGACAAGGAGAAUGGAAGACUACAGAGACAAGACGCGACAGACUCGGACCUCCCUUUGCCUCUUACUGAGGACCCACUGUCAAAGCAUAUUUAUGAGGACAUUCAUGGAGCCGUCCAAACACAUUUGUACGAACUCAGCUCGACUGAAUCUCAACCCAAACCCUCAGGUGGUCUCAUGGGGGACAGUGGAGGAGGAGGUGCAGGUAAUACAGACCAAGACAGCAAAAAAGUGCCUCCACCAAUCCCAAGUCGUCCUCCUGCACUCCGAACCAGACUUCCUAGUGCAUGUCUGGAAGGUAUUCAAGUCCCGCCUCCUGUGCCCCCCAGGACACGACCGCCCCCCAGCAACAACAAAAAGAAGUUUACCUUUGACUUCGCCGAACCUGCUCACAAACUGAACCGAUCCAGGACCGAAGUAGACAACGUGAGUAACUUUCUCUUUCCCCCCCCAGCCAGGACUGAAAACUCUUCUCAGAUUUAAGCCCAAGUAAGUUAUUUAAAUGAGUAAAAUAAAAAAGAGAGUUUUUCUUUUCAUACCAGGACCCAUGGGCCAUCGCUCUCAUAAACACUCCAGAGGGUAGCACCAAGAGUCUGUCUUCGUUUUGUGCUGCAACUUCCAAGUAAGCGGGUGUAUGAAUGUCAGAUUGUUCAUAUUUAAAGUGGUUAAAAUUCAAAAUCAUCUUAAUUCAUGAGUGAAAAAAACAUAAAAGAAAAUAGAAAUAUUUUAAUUUUUCCUUGUGUUAAAUGUGUCAUUCGUCCAGCUUUUUAAUCCUACUCUUUUGUUUGCAGAAAAUCCCGUCAUCAAAUCAUUUUGCUGGAUUUGUUUUGUCAUAACCUGUUUUUGUUGUUUGUUAUAACUGACAGUUUUACAAAGUCAUUGUUGUUUUUGUGCUUUUAAUAAACACAAUAACUUUUUUAUGCUUGUUCUGAAGUUUUAUCUGUUAAACAUCUGAGCUCACCUGUCCAAACACCUUUUGUUUUCACACCUGCCUGUCUGUUCUGUGUCUGGCAGGUUACUGUCACGGUACAAGCACACAGACAGAGUUCAUAACCCUGGUGUAGUGUGGGCUCGGGUGUUACACAUCCACCCCGCCCUGCUGCAGGAGGUGGAGGUAAACAUAAGUGUCGCCAGAGACUGGGACAACCACCAGCUCCCCUUCCCCAUCACAGGUAAGACAGAAUUUCAGAUAUUUCCACAAUACUUACAGUCAAUUUAAUUUUAAUGUCUUUCUCUCUCUAUUUAUUUAUUUAGCACAGAUUAAAAAUGUUUAUGCUUAUACAGAGUUUCAUUCCCGUCAGGGCAGUGAAGGUACAGGUUGUAAACAACAAAGUAACUCGGACAUAGACAGGUCAUAGAUAUACAUUGAGUAGGGAAAGGUCAAAACAUAUACAAAUUGUUAUAAAUAGAACAUAGACCAAUCAUCAACCAGAGAUAGAGACAAUAUAAGUAUACAUAAAAAGGAAAGAAACAUGAUCAUAAUAAAUAAUGAUGUGUUGAAGGCAUGAUUCAAUGAGAUUUCAAAGAUAUUUUAAAGGAUUUGAAGGAUAAUAUUGAUUUUAGAGAUGCAUCCAGAUUAUUCCAUAGUUUCGGUCCUUUAAAAGUAAUAUUAGACUCAAAGGUGACCUCAAGCACACAUCUUAAUAAAUACCAUUUAAUAUUGCAAAUUAUGAAUUAAUAACAAAAAUGUAUCCAGUUAGCGAAUAAAGUGCAGAAACAGGCGUCACAGAUAACAGCUUAAAAUAAUUUAGAAAUAGAUUAAAACAAUUAUCAUGCACUGAGAUCGGACAGUUUUUAAUCACUCUGAAGUGUGUUGCUUGUAGGUCUCCUUUGAUUUCAUUAUUUCACAAGUAAAAAUUAACAAAAGUGUAACAGUUACAUUUUAAAGAACAGAACUUGGAACAGUUUUUGUUGUUUUUUCCAAACUUCAUUGUUGUAGCAGCGGUGCACUUCUGUUUUAUUUUUUCUUUAAAAUACAAAAGAUUAUUCUUGUAAGUCAGUGCAUGUUAAACUGUCAAGGAACAGGAAACAACUUUUAUGAUAAAAACAAUAAGCUAACAGUAACCAACCAGACUCAAUGUAUCAUAACUGAAAUCACAUCUGAAGGCGUUUAAAUCUUGACUGAUAUUUUUGAUUGGUAUUCCAGUAACUUGUCGAGAAAAAAACUAAAUAUGUAUGACUGACGGUGGUGCAGAAGUAAGAAACAGCAGGGAAUUAAAAAUGUGAGAUACUGCAGAUCAUGGGAUUAUUUACUCUGUUGAAUUUCUCUGUUGAUGUUUGUUUGUUUGGUUUUACAGUCUUUGUUGACUCUGCGGCUCAUUCUUCAGUCACUGCACGUGUGGGCAGAAGUGUGUGUGUGUGUGGACUCUGAACUUUGUAUCUCUUUCUCAGUCAACAGGACCGUGAAGAGCCUGAUUGAUGAAGUCUUCCUGCUGUUGGACAUCACUCCCAGCACGAGUGAAGAUUACGUUUUAAAACUGUGCGACUCUGACGAGUUCCUCCAAAAGUAAGUCCCAGAUCUCACAGAUCUCACAGCUAUGAACUUAAGAUCUCUAGAGUCUGAUGUUUAUUCAACGUACACGCUGUUUUUCUACUUUUUUGUCAAUCUUUUCAGUGACGAACUCCUGGGUAUGCAUGAGAUUAUUCAGACUUCCUGCAAGCUCGAACAAGAGGUUUCUCUCCGGCUCCUCCACUUGAACAAACUCAGACACUGCCUGCCCAGAGAUGUAAGCCAGAUCGAACUUCUUCUGUCUUGCCACCAACUGAGAAAAUCAUUCACUGAGAAGGGGCCGGCCUCUCUUGAGUCCUGACAUAUCUCUUUCAUGAACACUCGUGCCUGGCUCCUGGCCAGUUUGUUAUUAUCAGAGUUCUUGUGGCUGUAAAAGCCUCCACCCUCAGCUCUUGACUUUGUUCUGUUUACACAUCACGUCAUAGCUGGUGACAUUUAGCUGAGCAAAUGAAAAUAGAAUAAAGGUGAACCUCGCCAUGAGAAGGAAAUAAAUGACUUUGCAUGUAUCAUCAGACAUUCUUUGAAUAUCUAUAAAAGACUGUUUUGAUCUGCUGUAUUUUAAUCUGUCGCUCUUUCAGGAGGAGGACGAUAGAACGCCAUGUCAACUGUACCCUCUCCUGCGUCCCGCCUGUGUGCACAACACCUGCAAGUAAGAGGAGAAGCUGCUCUGAAUCCCACAUCAGCUUUGUGAAAUAGUUUUAAAACAACAACUGUUCACUGAGUCAUGUGUCAACCAGUGUCUGUUUGUAGAAAACACUGGGAAGCCCUGCCCUGAGCUUUCUUUCUACAUUGUUGUGCGUGUGUGUUUACCGUUUGGUCUCCUCUCAGGUUGAGCCUGCAGGAUGUUCUCAGCAGCUACAACAGAGAAGUGACGGCUCUAAUGAGAAGCAAGGUCAGUAAAGAGACAGAGACGCACAUAUCCAGCUGCACUUUACUGCCAUACUUUGCAUUUAUUCCAGUGUGAUAUGCAAAUGUCUGACAUUUGUCUUUCAUGCCUCUGAUCUCGUUGCAUAUGUAGACUGGAAUGAACACUAAUGUAAUCGUGGGCUGUGUUCGCACCAUCAGCAAUCUUCUGUGUGGGCUGUCGUGUCCGGAAUUGGAGGAUGCAAUUGGGAGGCUGAACAGAAUUAAUCCAAUUCCUCUGGUAGAUAUCAAACACACACACACACACACACACACACACACACACACUUUAGAUAAAACUUUAUAUUAAGGUGGUUGUAAUAAAUAUGUAAUAAGCAGUGUUCCUACUUUAGAUCCAGUGCCUGCAGAGGAGCUUUAUUAGUGCAUAAUAAGUGCAUAACAAAGUAUUAUAAGGCUUUUAUAUUUCCUUAUGAAGUGUAAUUAAUGUAAAAAAAUCUUAUUAAUGUUUAUGACAGUGUUUAAACAAUUAAUAAGUUACUAAUUAGUACAUAUAAGUCUCUUAUAAGACACAAUAAAGGUUUUUUUUAACCUUUUACAUUGUUAGUCUUAUAACUUAAAAUUGUCUGUAUUUUAAAUCGUGUUUAUUUUUGUGAAGCGUCUUUGAGCACCGGUAAAAGCGCAUUAUAAGUAAAAUUUAUUAUUAUUAUUAUUUUAAUUAUUUUUAUUUUUAUUAUUAUUAUUUAUUAUGCCUCUAUUAACACUUAUAUAGACUUAUAUAGACUUAUAUAGACCAUCUUUGUUAAUAAGAAUCCAAUAAUAAUAGUAAAAAGAAUAUUCCUUUAUUGAUCUUCAUGGGGGAAAUUUUUUUGUGACAGCAGCAUCACAGACAAAGAGUUCAAAAAUGCAGUUAUAAAAAUAAAGAUCCUAAUAUUAAGAACUUAAAUAAAUGUAAUAAUUAAGAAAAAAUGUAGAAAAAUGAAGAAGGGAGAAGAAAAAUAAAAAAAAUCUACAUAAGGUCUUUUAAUGUCUUAUAAGUGACUUAUUACAUAUUAAUUACAACUUAUUACAACCACUUUAAUAUUAAGUGUCUCACACGCAAUAUUCUUGCUCUUAAGAGCUCAAUCAAUAACAUCGACAACACUCCUUUUUUCCACAGAGUCAUGAUGAGAUGGUUGAGUGUGAAACUGGUGAGUAGCUGGUUUGGUGUUUCAGUGCAUGUGUUCAGGUCCAGGUUGUUACCUGUUUUUUUGCCCAUCAAUGCUCACUAAGUCGACUCAGAGUGCAGUGUUGAGUAUUCCUGUGUUUUUACUGUCUUUUAUUCUCUGGAUUUUAGCGAUGAUCCUUCUCCACCACUCACUGAUAAAAAUCCUUCAGAUCUUCUUCGACAACUUCCAGUCAGAUUUCAGCUGUCAGAGAGCCACCAGCAGCCCAAGAACCCUUGACAUUGAGUACAACACUGAAAUCUUCCAGUUCAAUAUCGCUGCUCUCUACCAGCUGCAGCUCGCAUGGCUGACCAAGUACGUGAUGCAUAUGUUUCCUCUGUACAGUUGUACACAUGGAUGCACACAGAUACACAUGUAACCACAACUCUGCUUUCUCUUUCCUCUCCAUCACUUGCAGUUACGAGUGCUUCUCUGUUUCCUGUGAGUUGACAUACGGAGGAGUGAAGGUCUGUGACACCAGCGUUUCUGAAAAUAUCAGCACCGCUUUGUCUUUCGGAAACAAGAUAAAGUGUAACCGCAUGUAAGGACCAGAUCUCUGAGUCUCUCUCUGUGUAACAGUUAUUGUAUCAAACCCACCUGCCCCCCUGAAAUCACCCCAACAUUUACAUAAAAGAGAGUGGAUUUCACAGAAUCUGACUUUCAUAAGCCUCCUCUUGUGCUUCCAUAUGUGGACCUUUAUUAGAAAUCUAAUUUAUGAAUGCUAGCAGACAUGAAAGAGUUGACUCGUAGAGGGAUGGCUCCGCUAGAAUAACCCUGUGUUUGUCUCAUGUGUUUGUUUCUUUUAUUCAGGAUGGUGUUUCCUGUCCCGGUGAAUCAGCUGCCGUAUGAAUGCAUGUUGACAUUUCGUCUCAAAGGCUCCAGGCGAGGCAAGACCCCGGAGCUUUUAGGCUGGGCUGUACUGCCUCUUUACAGAGACAGGUGGGUGCCCCUCACUGUUGACACCACCCUGAAAGCUUGUGGAUUAGGCUGGGAUAUGAUUUCUAAUAACAGUGUGAAGAGUAUCAGAAGUUCUGUUUUAGGCAGACUGUAUAAGGGCUAAAUGUUAAUGAAACCUUUUUUAGGUUGUUAGCAAACGUAGCCAGAGAGAGUAUGAAAUGUAUGGACAUAAAAUGACUUUGAUGCCCCCCAGAACCACCAAUAACUUACCAUUUUUGAAUUGAUGGAGUGUCUAUUUAAGGUUUUUAGGGAAUUUCACAAUCAAAACCACAGUGGGAAAAUUUGCAGUGUUAACAGCAGGAUAGGAUCAGCUCAGCAAACAUAGAAUAAGUACAGACCUCAUGCAUAUAUUUGAGUUAUUAUACCUGUAGGUAUUUGCAAUUGUUAUAAAAUCCAGCCUGUCAUAAUGAACAUAGAGGUAGCAUUGAGUUAUAGUCCUUUAGAUGUGCUGGAAGAAUCUGGGCUAAAGGGAGCAGGCCGGUAAAACAGUCUGACUGAAGGACCUGCGGUAUCUCUCUGUUGCACACACUGUCACUGAAGGAGCAGCCCAGUCCUGUUACAGUGCUCUAUAAGGGGUGGGAAACAUUGUCCAAGAGAGAUGAUAGCUUAGCCAUCAUCCUCCUGUCCCCCACCACCUCUACAGGGGCCAGAGGGCGGCUCAGAACAGAGCGAGCCUUCCUCACUAAUUUGUUCAGUCUGAUCCUGUCUGCAGUCGUGAUGCUGCUGCUCCAGAAAUGCCUUUUUUUUUUUUUUAGCUUUGACCAUGAAGGAGAAGAUAAAACUGAUGAUUUUUGAUGUCUGAAACCAGUGCCAUAGGUUAGGUGUUUUUAAAUUUGAAGUUAGUAACAGCACAAUGUUGAAACAGUGCUCGUCUACAUUUUCCUGUUAAACUGUUCAAAAUGGCAGAUUUUUGUGUAAAGCUCCUGUAAGUUUUUUUGACAUCUAAGAAAAAGACUUGAAUUUUUAUUCUGAUGAAUUUUUAUGACAUCCAAAUGCAAGCAAAAUAAUCAGACACAAGAUUGGUGAUUUUUAGAUCCUAAUUUUUAAUGCCAGAAACUGGUUCCAGGGGGUAGAAAUCAGCCAAGCAGCUGCAGAAACAGCUCUGUUAUUACACUUUCAACACAAAUUAUCCACAAUGAACGACUCAUUUGACGGUCAGAAGUCAGCGAGGUGACGUUUUUUUGUCAGAGGACAAGAGAAGCAAAGACUGCUUUAUUAACAGGAGGUGCCGAAAUAGACACAAACCAAAAGUUCAUCACAGGAGCUUUAAAUUAUGUACAAACUUGGCACCAUGACCCAUUUAACAAUGGCACUCAUGUUACUCUUUUGUUGUUUAUCGAUUGUAAGUUAGGGCUGUUUUGAUCCUGCUGUCAAAAUUUGUUCAUUUUAAAUGUUUAGGUCAUUUAAUUUUAAUUAUUUUGUUGUUAUUAUUACACACAAAACCACAAUGCAUACCUUUAAAAAUUCUGCUACCUGAUAAUUUACCAAGAAGAGAGCUAUAAAAAUUGACAUCCAGUGUUCAAACUCUCCUACAGGAGUCUGCUGAUCGGGACUGUUCUGCUCAGUUUGUCCCCUCUGGCUGAGCCGUCGUCUCUUCCUUCUCCUGCCCUCUUUGACAGCCACAGGCAAGCAACCGGGGUCAUAAUACAGGUCAGUAACACAGGAUAUUUUUGCACCUUUUGAGUGAAACACAAAACAACAGUGUGUAACCUUCCCAAUCAUCCGUCCUCCUCGUUCCUCAGCUUGAGUUCCAGAAUCAGACAGAGUGGAAGUACCAGAGGCCCAUCGCGCUUCCUGGUUCAGCCAUUUUUACUGAACCCUGUGAGGACUUACAGAAGAGAAUGUUGGAUGUUUCUAAGAAGCACUGCCUCUGCUUGUAAGUUUUAAAAAAUCACAACAUCCUAUGAAGUCUGCAGGGUUUUGUGUUGCAUCUUUCAGAGGAAGAUUUUCUUGUUUUUAUUUCUUGCACAUCCUGAAAGUAUCUCCUCUCCUCCUCCUCCAGUCUAACACAAAACGAGAAGUCUUUCCUUUGGGAGAAGCGUUACUGUAGCGACAGAGCCAGCACUUUCCUCCACCUGGUGCUGGGUGGAGCCCCCCAAUGGCAGCCUGAGAACCUGACAGAAAUUUACACUAUUGUGGAAAACUGGCCCAUCCAUCAACCUGAGGAGGCCCUCUUCCUGCUCAGUGACAGGUACCUGACACACACACACACACACACACACACACACACACACACACACACACACACACACACACACACACACACACACACACACACACACACACACACAGUCUUACUCAAAUAAAGAAACUGUUAUUAUGCAAAGCGACACCAGCAAGGACAAACAAAGAGGUAACAUGCUGCACACGGAGAGGGGCUUAUUUUUCCAACUAAUAACACGGGUACUCUGAAAAUCUCUUGAUUUAACGCUGACAGAGCCAGUGUAUGAUAAACACUUGGUGUGAAAGAGCUCUGAAAUAUUUUGAUGUGUCUUUUUCAGUUUCCAUGAUCAGACUGUGAGGAGGGCAGCUGUACAGUUCUUUGAGCAGAUACCAGAUGUAGAGCUGGAGGUCUUCCUGCCUCAGCUGGUUCAGGUGAGCAGAUAUCCACAUCUCAUGAGCAGUUUGAAACUCAGAGAGAGAAUCAUUAUUAAAAUGUCACACUUAUCUCUAUUUUUUUAAUUGAGGUUGUAUGAAUUUCAUGUUACUCAUAAGUUUAUUAGCCACACCAGAUGCCAGCCAGUUCUGCCCACUCAGUAGCUGCAUUUACAAGGGCACAAAUAAUCGGAACAAAAGGCCCGAUCGGAAUAAAAAAAUGUGUCAUAUAAAAAUGUCGAUCGAAAGAUUCUGAUCCAACUCAGCUCAACCAGAAAGAAAUUGUAUUCAAAUCGAGAGAGGUGGUUUAUGCCAAUCGUUAUUCCGAAACACGUCCAUUAAACACUUAUUCCGAUCAUGACCCUCUUAUCUGACUCGAUCUUCAUUCUUUAGCCUUUGGCUUAUUUAUCGAGGUCAGUACAGGAGGUUUACUAACAACACUCUGGCAUAAAACACAACCGCAGAUACCGUGUCUGCUCCCCAGGUAACAUAACAAGGCGUACAUACAGCGUAAUGAUGUCACAUCUGCAUGCACAGUGCCACUUUUGACAGAGCAGUAAAAUAAGUACACAAGGGCGCCAUCUAGUGACAACAUUUAACAGGGGGAAAACUCCUGAACUGGAUGAAGUGAGCCACUACUGAGUUUGUUGGUUUGUUGAGAGCACAGGCGUUAAUACAAAUCUUCUUCUGUGGUUGUUUUAGCAAAAUCAGACAACUCUGCGCUUGUCCAAAUACUUCUAAUCUGAUGCAUGUACACGCACGUCAUGAUCGGAUUAUUUGAUUUUGCACUAUUAUAAACAGUGGAUUCAGAUUAUCUGAUCCCUCAAAUUUUUAAUCGGAUUAAGAAAUUUUGCGCAUGUAAACGUGGCCUCUGAGAGAGAAUCAUUUUUACAAUGUCACACUUAUCUAAUUUUCAUACUCAUUAUGUCUGUGCCAUUUAGAAGUUACUGCAGUCAAAGGUUAUAUUUAACUGUUUAACAGUAAAACCGAUUAAAGGGAUAUUUCAGCGUUUUUGAGCUGAGGUUGUUUGAGUUUCGUGUUACACUUUUCAGGGAUCCCUUCCAAGCCAUUAAUCUUGGUUUGAGUGGAUAAUGAUGUGUGGUUAUAUGGCCUGCUUGCUUAAACAGUCAUCUUGUCCUGCAGGCUUUUAAGAGUGAGUGGAAGUUGGAUGGACCUUUGGUGGUGAUGCUUUUGGAGAGAUCACUGAAGAGCAUACGGAUCGCCCAGCAGCUGUACUGGUGAGCAACACGAUGAUACAUCAUUAACAAAAAACUGGGACGUUUCAGUCACCAGUAAUGAUGAAAAAUGUAUCCGUGGUGGCACUACCUUCAGCAACAUUGACAUUUUGUGUAAUAUUUUGCCAUAUAUACCGUGAUUGCAGGCUUCUGGAGGACGCCCACACUGACCUGUACUAUCAGAGCUGGUUCAGUAAGGUCCAGGCGGCUCUGCAGCACUGCGUCGGUCGGGCACUGAGGCAAGAACUGGAGAACGAAACCCGCCUGGUGUCUGUCCUCAUGCAGGUGGCGGAAAAAGUCCGAACUGCUGAAAAGGCCCGUCGUAAGGUCAGCAGACUCCUAAUCCUAAAUUAUGUUAUUAUUAUGAAGACAUUUAAAUUUGUCAGCUCUUCUCAUUUGAUUAAUUCUGCGCAGAUGAUUUUAAUGAAAGAGAGAUGGAAGAUCGAUAACUUCUUCAAAGAUGGGAUCGGCUGCUGUCUACCUCUGGAUCCUGCAGUACAUAUAAAAGCACUGAAUGUGGAUGUAAGGAUGUUUGUCACACAUCAUAACUGGAGUCUGAUACGAACUGAGUUAUGUCGUAUUUUAGAGCACUAACUCCUGUUAUCUUUAUAACAGGCCUGUAAGUUUUACAACUCCAAUGCUGCUCCUCUGGGGAUCUCAUUCAUCUGCUCUGACCAUCUGGCCAAGAACUUCAGUGUCAUCUGCAAGGUUUGCUGAUGAAUUGAUCCACACAGAGCCUAAUACAAGAACAUUUUAACUCCCUAAAACAAGCUUUAAAUAGUUCUUCUUACUAUAAUAAAUAAUAAUAUGAUGAGAUUGAAUCUGGUUACAGCUCACAUCAGGUUGUUGUUUCUGAAGGUGUCACACAUUGCUGCCAGCCGCAUGUCCUGAUUAGUUCAUUAAUCUGUUAGGUGUGUUUUUUUGAAGACAGGGGACAACCUUCAACAGGACAUGCUGGUUCUUCAGAUUGUGCGUGUGAUGGACAGGAUUUGGCUCCAGGAAGGGCUGGACAUGCAGAUGAUCAUCUACAGAUGUCUUUCUACAGGCAAAGCUCAGGGUCAGUUUGUCUUGUGAUCAUCAUAACAUUUUCUUUGUCUUUGUCUCUGUGGCUUCGGGUCAGUGCUUUUCUAAAUAAACUUUGUGUAUGUGUGUGUGUUAGGUUUGGUGGAGCUGGUUCCAGAGGCAGUGACCCUGGGGAAGAUUCAUCAGGAGUGGGGUCUGGGUGGCACCUUUCGUGAAGACUCACUGGAGAAAUGGUUUCAUAUGUGGAACAGAACUAAGGAGAACUACGAGAAGGUGAAAACCAUUAUAAAUGAAAUAUUAGAUAACUGGUACGCUUGUCUGUGCUGGCUUUGCUGCAUGUUUUUAUCACACGGUGUGACUCCUGGUGUGUGUGUGUGUGUGUGUGUGUGUGUGUGCAGGCUGUGAACAACUUCAUUCAGUCAUGUGCGGGAUGGUGUGUCGCCACCUUUAUCCUGGGAAUCUGCGACCGACACAAUGAUAACAUCAUGCUGAAACACAGCGGACACAUGUUUCAUAUCGACUUUGGCAAGAUUAUGGGCAAUGCACAGAAGUUUGGGAGCUUUAAAAGGUGCGGUAAUAAAAAAAAAAGGUGCAUUUUGCUGAGAAAAAAGCAGGAUGCAGAAGAGUUUAAAGGUGUUUUUUUUCGUUUGUAGGGACCGAUCUCCGUUCAUUUUUACAUCUGAGAUGCAGCACUUCAUCACAGGCGGAGGGCAGAAGCCUCAACGGCUGCAUCGCUUUGUGGAAGUCUGCUGUGAAGCUUACAACAUUAUCAGAAGGCGCUCUGCACUGAUACUCGGCCUGUUGGAGCUGGUAAGAUCAAUCACAAAGGGUCUAGUACCUCACACAAGAGACGAUCAUAUCACCAAGAAGAAAUUAAUGUAAAGUACGUCUGUGGUUUCCAGAUGCUACGAGCAGGAAUGCCAGAACUGAAGGACUCGAAUGACCUGCAGUACGUCCAGAACAACCUCAGACCUCAUGACACUGACCUGGAGGCCACGUCCUACUUUACACGGUAAACUGAUGCAAACCUCAUGGAUAAACUCUCGGAGGGAUCCCACUGAAUCAAAUUCAUUUUUCUUGCAUAACUGUUUGUUUACUUGAUGAUGCAGGAAAAUAAAGGAGAGCAUGGCCUGUGUUGCGGUCAAGUUCAACUUCCUGACACACACCAUGGCUCAAGGGAAGAAAGCAGAGCUGCAAACCCGGGACGGCAUCCCUGCUCCAAUCACCAACAUCCAAGAAGCAGUCAUACAGGGAUACAUCAUCAGGGGCAAAGAUGUGGUGAGGGAGCUUGAAAUACUUAGAAAAUGGUUUGUUUUUAAGACUGAAACUUUGUCUGAUGCACUGAGGAGCUUUGUGUGAACCAUAGACUGUAUAUAGAAUGGACGCCAUCUGCCUCCUCGCUGGGUGAAGCCACUCCAAGAACAGCACCCUCUGGUGACAGGCUGCAGUAUAGGUCGUAAAUCCCGCCUCCGCCAGCAAAGCUUAUGGAGCUGUGGACAAACUUUAGAAAUUUAUUACACAGAACAUGAAUUUUUCUCCCCCUUGCUUGUGAUGUUGACAUGUAGUUACUGUAAGACUGGUUUGUGCUCUAGUCCUUUUUUUUCUGUGCAGCUCCGUUUUUAAAGGUUAUUAGGGGGUUCAUGUUUUCUAUGAUUGACACCUGAUACAGCCUAUGGGUGUUCAGGGAUUGCGUAGUUCACCCGGGGGAUAUGCUGUUUGAGCCGAGCGUCAUCACAGCGACUCUCGACGACUCUCUCGCCGAAUGCGUACAACACUGCUGCGCAGCCCUGGUUUCAGGAAAUGAAGAAGAAUUGCGGAAAUACAGAGAGAUUUUUGGCUUCAAAUCUGUGUACUGGCGGUAGGCGGAACUAAGUUGUCCAUAGUAUAUACAGUCUAUGGUUUGGACCCAGUAGCAAUAGGGCACUGAGUGCUGACAAACACACAGAGUGCUUGUUUGUUCUGCUGUCACUUUUUGAUUUAAGUCCGUCCGUCACUUCUUACUGAUAUUGAUUAGUCUGUAUUGCUUUUUGGUCAGAAUAGUCGUCUUGAUAUCAAGUUGAAUUUUUUAUUUGUUUUUAUUUAUUUUUUUAACCUUUAUUUAACCAGGUAAACUCUCAUUGAGAUCAUGAUCUCAUUUACAAAGGCGACCUGGCCAAUAAGUCAGCACCACACGUCAUAAUCAAAGCAAAUUCUAGAAAAAACUAGAGCAUUAAAUAACAAGCAAUAGAUAUAAUGGAACCAACAAAUUCACGGUUAAAGUGCAACAAUAAAUGUUGGGACAAUAACAAUUUAAAAACACAGGAAUUGUUCAUAGGAUUCUCACUGCUUAGUGAAUAAAAUGGAACAAAAAUCCUUAAAUGAAACCAGUUCUGACGUUUUCAGUUCUGUUUGUUUAGUGUUUCAGGCUGUGGGGGCAGCAGAACAAAAAGCUCGUCUCCCCAAUUCAGUUCGGAUUUUUAGAUGAUAAGUUGCACAGGACUGUAAGGCAAAGGCACUUCUUGAUUCAUGCAGAAGAAAACAGAAGUAGGAUGAAUAGAGCUUAGGUUCACUCACCCAGAUUCAGCCUAUAGCAGAUUAAGUGAAAAUCUGUUGACAUGUUUGAUUCGCUCUAAAUCCUAACAGGAUCUCAUGUUGUGUUUGAAUUGUAGAUCUAUGACCUGAGAGUAAACAUUCAUGACGGUUAUCUGAACAGCGAAAAGACCUAUGGACAGUUUGAGUUGAUCCAUAAGGAGCUGCAGAAAUACUUCAUUGAAUCCAUGAUGCCUCCGUGAGAGAAGAAACACGCAUUUAACAUACAGCACUAUUUUAUUUUGAAGCUUUUUCUUUCACAAUAAGGGCGCAUGUCCUAACUCUUCAUCCUUGUAGGUUUCCAAGAUGGUAUCAGCUGUCAUUCACCCCAACCAGGAGGAUGUCUCUGCUGAAUAAAUACCUAAAGCAGCUUUUUGAAGGACCUUGCAAAGGAGUGAGUUCCUUUCUGUUUCUCGUUUAUUUCUGUCUCGAGUGUUAUGUGGUACAUCGCUCUAACCUUCCCUCUCAUGCUGCUCUCAUGCCUGCAGAAUGAAUAUGUGUGCAGUUUGUUUCUGGAUGGACCAAAUAUUGUGCCAGAAAAUCCGGUGACAGGUAAUUCAGAGCUCUUUAAAGAAGAAAACAUCAUAAUACCAUUAAAAGAAGGGGCAGAUUUAAAGAAGAAUAAUGCUUCAUCCUGCUCCUUUUUGAACAUGUUGGGUUCACAUUAUUAUUAUUAUUAUUUUUAUUAUUAUUAUAUAUAUAUAUAUAUAUAUAUAUAUAUAUAUAUAUAUAUUUUUUUUUUUUUUUGCUUUGACUGUUGUUAUUGUUGUUUUGAAUAUUUUCAUUGGUUUUGUUUGUUUGUUUUCAGUUUACUUUCUUGUGUUGCAUGCACAUGUUUGAAAUUAAUAUAUAAAUAAAAAUUUAAAAAUUAAAAAAAAAAAAUUUAAAAAAAUUUAAAAGGAUUAAAAAAAAUUAAAUAUGUGCUGAACUUGUAACUUUUGAUGUGAUAACUUGCAGGAGCCCGUCCACAGAUCCAGCUCUACAUUUCUUACUCUGACUGUAAGCUCUCCGUUCUGGUAAAACACCUGAAACACAUAGUAAGUUUCUGUCACGUUUAGUAAAGCACAAACAUUCACAGAGAGGAUAUACGGCAUGUUUUCAUUCCUUCUUGGCUUCUUUUUUUGUCUGUUUGACAGAAACUCACAAACGGCUCCAACCCUGAUGCCUAUGUGGUCACGCAUUUGAGACCGGACCCUCAUCAGCGCUCCAAGAAAAAGACAAAGGUGGUCCGAAAUAAUGACAACCCAACCUUCAAUGAGCUGGUAAAACCAUCCUUCCUACCUUCAGUCGAUGAUUUAGCAUCUGAUUGGAGAUAAGCAACAAAAAGGGAAAGACAGAAAGACGUUAUGUCUCAUUGAUGGAUAAUUCUGCUCUACACAGCCAAACAUCAGUCACAUAUUUCUGUUUUAUUAUGACUAAAGAAAGUCUUUUGGAGAUGAAGUGCUGCCUUUUAAAAGUUUUCUGAAAUUCUUUCUUACUUUGAGUGUAAUCUUCACUUUUAUUGCAAGAAGCCCUGCCUGCGGCGCCUCUCUCCUGGCUUUGUGAAUCUGAUGUAAUCCUGGCUGUUGAACCCUGCCAACUGUGACCAGGAGCUUCCAACAUACUUAACAGCCUCUUUCUAGAAAAGUAAAACCUGGACAGGCUUAAAUUUAAGGAAACUGAGAAACAGAACAUCCCUGCUUUGAGACAGAAAAAAGAACCUUCAAAAGAAAUAUCUUCAAAUGACAGGAUGUUCUGAGUGCAGAGCUGUUUGAUGACUAAAAAUACCUUCUCUCUUAUUCGCAGCUGGAGUACAAUAAUGUCCCCAUGCUGUAUGGGAUGGUGCUCGAAGUUACUGUGAAGAGCAAGAAGAGCUUUGUGGCUGCAACCAACAUUAAACUGGAGAAGGAGAUGCUUAACAAGGAGAACUGGUUCCCCCUUGGGAACUGCGCAAUCUAACCUCAGGGAGGUGCACUGCAGGCCUCCUGCCAGCAGAGGGGGCAACCACACUGGA